AUGCUGAACACGUUCAUUCGGAGGGCGUCAAUGGCGUCCAUCGCUUCCGGAACGCUAAAGGGCACGUCUCUGCCAGCACCUCGCGACCGCAAAAGGGUCGUCGAAACAAAGCCUCCCGACAUUCCGCAGACAUAUUGUGCCACUGGAGAGGAAAAUAUUUAUCGCGGAGCGCGGUGCCCCGCCGUGUCUGAAUGCGCCCUUUCAUUACCCAAUGGCCUUUGGGCUGCGGGCCCCGACACCUCCCGCUUAAUCCAAUCCGCGGUAUGGCCCGUAAUCGGACACCGCGACACAAGGGGCCCUUUUCAAUCGGCCUUUACGCGGCGUAUUAGCUGUCUGCGGAUUCCUCAUCGACGCGAAUUAACGGCACCACUCGGGCACGAUCGCCGCGAUGAACUCAUUCCCGAUGCGACGACGCCUAAUCCGAUAUCGAAGGCUCACAGAAUGGCCCCGUGUGGGAGGGGACCGUCGGUGCGCGGCAAAGCCUUCCCGAUUGAGACAUCCGACACGCCAUCAAAGCCGCCGCCUUUCUAUAGCCCUUUCGCUAUUGACAAUUGUUCCAUCCACCCCAAAAUAAUUUCGUCGACCACCCCC